UCAACUGAUUUAAACUCGUUCCGGCUUCACAUCUCUCGCCCUGUGGGGGUCUCCUUCACAUUUCCAACUUCUCUACAGCUAAAAUUCGUGUUUGAAUUGGUAUUCCAAUAAAAUAAAAUGGCAGGUUGGAAUUAUCCAGAAAUAGCCCUAGAAGAAUUUCUGAAAGCAAUAAAAGGGUUUGUAGAUAUGUUGAUUCUCGCUUCUGGGUAUCAAUCGUCUGGUAGUCUUGCCCACUGGGAUUCGUCUAAUAUAAAGAAGGCCCUCCAAUGGGCUCUAUUAAUUGAAGACGUGAUUGGACACUUGAGCAGCCGAGAUGAAUAUAGAGAUUCUCUGCAGGAAUUUAAUAAAAAUUUAUGUCAGAUAAUUUCUAACCCAUAUUUCCCCAAGGGUCUAGAACAUCUAUCAUCCAAGACUCUUAAGAAUGCAAGAAAUCUAAUGUUAGAACAUCUUAUUCAUUCCUUACCAUUGAGGGAUCCACACCUCAGAGCUCUUGUGGCAGCAACCGUCGAGAUGGAUUCUCAUAAACAUAUGGAAAAAUUGUUGCAAAAUGAAUCAAGAAAACUUGCUUUCGACUCUAGCAGACAAUUAAUCGAAGAAUCAUCAAACACAGAAGCUAAUAGCGCUACCUGCAGCUUCUCUUUCAUAACUGCACGUGAACUCCAAAGGAGACUUUUGGGAGUGUCAUCGGUUUCUGCAACAGAGAAACUUUUAAAUAUUUUAUCUCAUAGUGUAUACUGUUUGAGUUUAAGUGAGCUUGGCAAGAACUUACCUGAUGGUGUUGCGAACAUAGGAGCUUUAAUGUAUAGCGAAAUGCCGGUUGAUCCUUUUACCUGGAGUCACAUGAGAUCACGAAACCUCUCGUAUUUUCUUGAUAAGAGAACUAUAAGGAUGGUAUCAGGUGCCAGUCUUAUAUUUUCAGCUCCUGAGGACCAACGUGCUAACGUGUUUGGGAGGUUGUCCAUUUUAACUGAUGAUGAUGCUACUUUCUCUGAAGCAGUUGAGCUUUUGUUACUUGGAUGUGCUGCAAGAAAAUGGGAAGUUCUCAUUAAACAUUUUAUGUCGACCUCAUAUGAACCUGUUACUUUAUCAAAACUAUGCAAAGAGGUGCUUAACUUAAUGACUGGACAUUGUAAAAACAUCUGCUGCAAAGAUAAUAUGAUGAGUUCAAAGGAUAUAAGUGUUGUGAGGUUUCUGGAGGGAUGGCUAAGCAGUAGGCUACAUAUCUGGUGGAAUUUGUCCCCUAUACUAGCAGCAUUUGCAAUUCCUUCCUGGUCUCUGCUAUUUAAAUCUUAUAUAAGGGAACUAGAGAGUCACUUUAGAGGAGACUCAUCAUUGACAAGGUUUUUAUUCAUGUUUUCCAAGGAUGGAAAGGAGCUUAAAGAAUGUGACAUAGUUGACAGAAUGUGGUGCCUCUAUAUAUAUCAUAUCCGUGGUUCCACUUAAGGAUGUCUUGUUGGUUACUCGGUUUACAUCGCCACAAUUUCUCUGUUCCAGAGCCACUGUUAUUGUUCGGGGCUGCUCGAUUUCAUCUCUUGUCCAAGGCUGGGAAUGAUAUUAUGGUAAUGAAUUAAAUCUGCGAGAGAGGUGCAACUGCAACAGAUCUUUAUGUGUUCAAAAACUGUGGGAGAGAAGCAAAAGUAAUCAAAGCUGUUUAUUGAAAUCACUGAGAUCCCGUAUAGCUAUUACAAGGAUCUGAAACUGAGAAGGAAAGAUAGAACCGCAACAAGGAAGAUUAAGUAGUAGCUGUAGCAAUAACAAUGGAGCAGUAAUCAGCAAGCCAACCCCCUGGCUUCUUUUUCACCCCGUUUUUUUACAGUGCGGGAUAGGCUGUCCUACAUUUCCACAUAGACCGGGAUUCCCAAUAAAGGCUGCAGCUUCCGCUCGGAGGAAUAUUCCCUUGUUAGGAAUUGGCCCGGAUAGUUUGUUGUAUGAGAAAUCUAUCAUUUGUAAUCUGAUCAUACCCGAUAAAGCUGAAGGGAGUCCACCGGAGAGGGUGUUGUGUGAUAGAUUCAGAUUCCGGAGUCGUGUUAGAUUUCCCACAUUGUUUGGAAUUUGGCCACUCAAGUGAUUCUUGCUGAGAUUGAGAGUCUGCAGCGUGCGUAGAUUGCCUAGCUCAGAUGGAAUCCCACCCGUUAACUCAUUUGCAUCCAAGAUGAGAGUGCGCAGGUUAGACAGCUGCCCUAAUUCAGAUGGGAUGUGACCCGAGACCCUGUUCCCUGAAAUUCCCAGAUUAGUGAGCUUCUUGUACUCUCCCCAAUUUGAAGGAAUUUGGCCGCUGAAUCGGUUCUUUUUCAGGGAAAGGAAAUCAAGAACCGGGUGCACUCCAAGCGCUUGUGAAAUGUCCCCUGAGAAUUUGUUUCCGUCUAGCCUUAGCCUAUCCAGUUUGGAGCAUUUCUUCAAGCAAGCGGGUAACUUCCCUCUGAAGCGGUUCCAUCUUGUCGUCAGGUAUUGAAGAGCUAAACCGUGACACAGUUUAGGUGGCAGUCUCCCAGAAAAGUUGUUUAAAGAAAAGCUAACAUUUGACAACACGGGACUGUGAGAGCCCAAGUCUCUAGGAACUUUGCCUGUGAAAGCAUUUCUAGCAAGAUAAAGUAUCUCCAAUUUACCAAGGCUUGAGAUGCUCUGGGGCAACUCUCCACUCAAUAGAUUUUCAGUAACAUCAAGAGAAGUGAUUGAUGUCAGGUUCCCAAUCUCUGCUGGAAGUGCCCCGUUGAGUUUGUUGUUGAAAAGGCUCAGGACAGAGAGGUUUUUGAGGUUUCCAAUUGUCUUAGGUAUAGGACCAGAAAGGUUAUUCCCAGACAGGUCUAAAUUGACUAAAUUCUGUAAAUUUCCUAUCUGAGGUGGAAUCAUGCCUGAAAACUGAUUCGUGUACAAGAACAGGUAUUGGAGAUUUUUUAGCAAACCGAUUUCGGAUGGAAUUUUCCCAUUGAAGGAAUUGUUCUGAAGCUGCAAAGACGUUAUGGCAGUCCAGUUGGACAUGAAAUACGGUGAAAUUUCACCCGAAAGAAAAUUAUCCGAAAUCCCCAACUCAAACAACUUGGUCAGGGAUGACAAGGAUGAAGGCAAGACACCAGAGAGUGAAUUUACAGCCAGAGCCAAGUAAGUAAGGUUAGUACAAAGACCAAGCUCAGAAGGAAUGUUUGAAUCCAGGCGAUUCAUCCGGAUAUCCAAGACCUGGAGACCUUUGAGUUGGCCAAUAGUUGAUGGUAUCUUUCCUUGAAAAGAAUUGUCAAAUAAAUUCAGAUUCUUUAGCUUUGAGAGUUUCCCAAUGUUUGGAGACAAAAACCCUGUUAAUUCAUUUUGGGAGAGAUCAAGAUGCUCAAUCCUCUCCAUAUCCGUAAACACGGACUCCGGGAUUGUUCCAUUCAAAUAGUUGAAAGACAGAUCAAGAAAGCUCAGGUUUCUGCAACCCAGUAUAAAGCCAGGGAACCCUGACCUUAAUUCAUUAAAAUUGAAACUGAGAUGUCCCAGAACAGGAAAGCUAUUGACUUUAGACCAGUCAGGAGCUUCCAAGUAAUUUGAUCCCAUGUCCAUGAACCAUACCUUUUGAAGAUUUCCAAUCUGAUAAGGAAUAACACCAACAAUGUUGUUGUUGAAAAGGGUGAGGUACUCAAGUUCCUUCAAGUUUCCAACUUCCGGUGGUAUGAUUCCAUAAAAAUUGUUGCUGCUCAAGUCCAGGGAAAUCAAGCUGGACGACAAAUUUCCAACGGCGGAAGGGAUUGAUCCUGUGAAGUUGUUCCCACUGAUGUUGAAAUGUGUGAGGGUUGUAAAAGAAAUGAAGUUGAGCAGAUCAAGAGUCCCCGAGAGGUUUGAAUGAGGAAGGCUGAUCUCAGAAACAGUUCCUCCAACGUUGCAGACUAUGCCGAACCAUUUACAUUUGUGUUCCUGGUUGGAAAGUGACCAUGAAUUGAGUAAAGAAGAAGAUGAGAUCAAGAGGGUGUUCUUCCAUUUGAUCAGAGCUUGGGCUUCUGUGUUUGCUGAUGCUUUUGUCUCCAGUGUGAAGGAACUGAGCAGCAGAAGGAACCACAAGAGUGCGACCCUAUUCCCUCUAAACAUUUCCAUUCUUUUUUGUGUCUCUUUUCCCCCAAGGAUCAAGAUUACACCACACUAUGAUAGAUAAGAAUAAGAGAUAUCUCAAGAUCCCAAUACCAAGAGAGUAUAUAUAAGUUUGUCAAACUUGCCACUUUUGGUGAUGGAAGAACAUCAAAAUAAGAAUAUUGACUCUUCGCUAGCAAAAAGUAUUGGUUAAUGGCUAAACUUCAAACCAUUCUUUUGAAUUUACUCAAGUCCUUAUGUUUCUUACAUUUAAGUCUUUUCUUACUAAUGUAUGUUUAACACAUGUUUUCCGAUCUGUGAAUCACAUUGCCC